AUGGAAGUUCCUGGUAUGCAGAGCACUCAGAUCGAUCCAGAGGAGCUGUUUACCAAAUUAGACAGAAUCGGAAAAGGAUCAUUUGGAGAGGUGUUCAAAGGCAUCGACAAUCGCACCCAGAGCGUGGUGGCCAUAAAGACCAUCGACCUGGAAGAGGCGGAAGACGAGAUCGAGGACAUCCAGCAGGAGAUCACCGUCCUCAGCCAGUGCGAGAGCCCCUACAUCACCAAGUACUACGGCUCAUACCUGAAGGGCAGUAAACUAUGGAUCAUUAUGGAAUAUCUUGGAGGUGGCUCAGCUCUGGAUUUGUUGCGAGCCGGCCCGUUUGAUGAAACGCAGAUUGCCACGAUGCUGAAGGAGAUUCUGAAGGGACUGGACUACUUGCACUCAGAGAGGAAGAUCCACCGGGACAUCAAAGCGGCGAACGUUCUUCUGUCGGAGCACGGGCAGGUGAAGCUGGCAGACUUCGGAGUGGCCGGUCAGCUCACAGACACUCAGAUCAAGAGGGAGACGUUUGUGGGGACGCCCUUCUGGAUGGCCCCAGAGGUCAUCCAGCAGUCUGCGUACGACUCCAAGGCUGACAUCUGGUCCUUGGGCAUCACCGCCAUCGAGUUGGCCAAAGGAGAACCUCCAAACUCGGAGAUGCACCCCAUGAGAGUCCUGUUCCACAUCCCCAAAGCCUCCCCGCCCACUCUCCACGGCGACUUCUCCAAGAGCUUCAAAGACUUCACAGAGUCCUGCCUCAACAAGGACCCCGCAUUUCGUCCCACCGCCAAAGAGCUGCUGAAGCACAGGUUCAUCACAAAGAACUGUAAAAAGACGUCGUAUUUGAGUGAACUGAUCGACCGCUACCGGAGGUGGAAGGAGGAGGGCCACAGCGAGAGCAGCUCAGACGACUCCGACAGUGAAUCCAGCAACAAAGAGAACAGCCAGUCGCCGGAUUGGUCCUUCACCACCGUGCGGAAGAAGAAACCCAAAGGCAUCACCGUCGUCAACGGCCCGGCUCAGGAGCAGCUGAAUAAAUCGGCCAGUCUCACCACCGUCAUCUCUCCGGUCUUCACUGAGUUGAAGCAGCAGCACAAGGAGCAGUCGGAGCAGCGGCUGGCCAUCGAGGAGCUGGAGAGGAACAUCCGAUUGGCCGAAGACGUGUGUCCAGGGAUCACCGACAGGAUGGUCUCGCGCAUUCUCGCCAGAUUCACAAACAACUGA